AUGCAAUCGACACAACAUAGCACGCCGUCCCCCCACGGGCCGGUUACGCCAACUCCUCGCUCAGCCCAGACUUCUUUCUUCAGCUCCACCACUCCCAAAGCAUCCUACAUCGGUCUCCCUUCCCCUCGCUUCUCUCCAAGCAGUUCCCGCUCGUCCCUCGCGACCGACACUCCCGAUACGACUCUUUCAAGCUCAACCGCUGCCCACUCCACCAAGGAAGACCGACGUCGGAGCGGCUUCGACGACGAGCGUCCGCGCGACUUCUCGAGAUUCUCAAGCGCAACCCAUCUCACAUCAUCAUCCUCGUCGUCAUCUCUGAUCAAGGCCUUGUCCGACUUUCAACGCUCAAGCGCCUUCUUUGACGGCCUCUCGUCUCGCGGAUCCACGUCCACCUCCUUUGACAACCCACGUACCGUCGAAGACCUGGGCGACUUUGGCUUUGAAGCCCGUCAAUCCAGCUUCAACUUCAUCGGCGCGGACGACGGCGACCUUCACGACGACGAGGAUAUCAAGGAUCUUGACGCACUCGACUUCUCGCGCACCAUCAGGAUGAACCUCGAGGCCCUCUCCCGCAGCAGUGCGGACCCUUACGCAUACACUCACGGUGGCUACUUGGAUCCCAACGCCAGUUAUGACGACAAGCGAUCGAACGCUCUGGUCGAGCCUACGUGGAUGGAGAGCAACUAUGCAGAGCUCAUCUCGAGGCUCGCCGUUGCUCAUGAAGAAGCUGAGCACUACCAUCACGACGUUGGCCACCUCGAGCCACCUUCAGUGCCGUUUGCGCGAGACCAGGAGGGCAGCGAGGCAGGCACCCCCCUUGCGAUCUCGUCCAAAGAUUCUUCCCUCGCUACGAGCCUCACAUCGGCUCGCAGUUCCAGCGAGGUGCUCGACGACGAGAUCAGAACUCCGCCCGAGUCCGCCUUUGACACCCUUGAAGCGUCGUCCAUGCGCCAGCAGCACCGCGUGGCAAGCCCUUCAACUGCCCUCGAGUCCGCAAUCCAACAGCACACGCCAACUCCGGCCAAUGCUCCGGUGCCGUCGGCUCCGUCGCACGACGCUGCCGUUGAAGCGUCGACCGUAGCUGCGCAGAUCAGUCCAUCCUUCCACCUCUACCAGGCCCGAGCUGCCUUGUCGCGAAAGUCUUCCGACUCGCCCGUGGCCAACGAUAGCUGCGCCAUCGAGGACGAGGCUGAGCUCGAGGUUCUCAGCGAUGAUAUUGAUACACAGCGUCGCGCGGCGGGCAAGGCGAAGAUGCUGCAUGCCAGCGAGCAUAGCCGGUCCAACUCCCAGUCCGAGCGCGGGCACCACAGGCGCACGUCAUCCGUUCACUCUGCUACGCUUGAGAACAACAAGCCCUUCGCGCGGCUCGGCCCUCAAGACAUCGCAUUCAGCGCUUCGACCCUGCCGGAGCGCACUCCCUCGUCGGACGACUGCGUCGACAUGGUUGUCUCGUGCUAUCCCGCGAUCUGCGAUGCCCCUUCGAGGCAAUUUGGCGAGGACGGUCUGCCUCUGCCGCCCACCAAGAAGGACGAGACCAGCGAGGAAGAGCGACAGGCCCGCAAGGAGGCUCUCAAGGUCAAGUUCUGCGCCAAACAACGCCUCUCGCUCAUCAAGGCGGUCGUCGUCAUGGAGUCACGAAGCGCUCACUGGAAGCGUCUCGGUCCCUUCAACCCGAACAACAUCAAGGACACCGCCUCGUCUUCUGGUCAUUCGCAGCGUUCCGCGUCACCGCCUCGUCCAGGCCAAGUCGGACAGCUUCCAGUUAUGCCGAGUCCGUGGUCCUUGGAGAUUCGCCACGAGCAGCUCGACAUUGCCCAGAUCAAGGGCAAGUCGAAGAAGACGAUCGAGCUCGCUUCCCUUCGCACGAACGCCCAGUGCGUCAAGUGCGAGGGAAGUGGCCUCGGUGCUUGCACGACCUGCAAGGCAGAGCAAGCCGACGAGUGCUUCUGGUGCAACGGCACCGGGCGCGAGAAGACACGCGCGCAAUCCUCGUGCCGACGUUGCCAGGGUGCUGGUGUCCUCAAGUGCAACACCUGCAGCGGUAGCCUCAAGUCGGCCUGUCGCUCGUGCGAAGGCACCGGCACGGGCGAGUACGGCUUCCUCGUCGACGUCACCGUCAAGCGCGUCGACAUGCCCGCCGUGCCCCUCGCGACCCUGUUCCCACAGUCUGCGGCCGCCUCGAGCGAAUUUGAACCUUCGUACGACGAGGUCAGGGCCGCUGCCAAGCUUGCUCUGUGGGACUCGAUCAACAAGCUCACCGAUGCACGCGCUCUCGCCACGGCCAGCAAAGGCGGCAAGGCCAAAACCAAGGACAUGAUCCCGGUCAUGGCCGCGUGCAUGUGGGAGAACUCGACCACGCACGUCGUCUCGGUGGACGUGCCGCUGGCUGCCAAGUUCAAGAAGGGCGCCACUCCUUCGCUGCGACCCGAGGGUCUUCACAGGAAGAUCGCUACGCAGCGAAGGUUCUUCACCGUUCCCACCGACGAGGACCUUCGACCGAUUGAGAUGUCCGAGGACGAGGUGAAGGAGCUUGGCGCGCCGGCUUCCAGCAAGCCUGCCGCUACGACGCCGCAGGUCAGCCCCUCGAAGACGCCUCCUCGACCUCGCUCGGCUGUGACCAGCACCAGCACCUCGCCUUCGGCAAGCUCGUCUGAUCUGAGCGGCAGCCCUCCGCUGGGCACCCCUGUGUGCGGCGGCGGCGUCUCUGGCUACUCGACGCCCACGCGCGUGCCUAGCCCCCAGAACGAGGUCUCGCUCAGCAAACCUGCGGCCAAGGAGUUCGUGAUGCGCCCCAGCCCGCUCUCGCAGCUCGCGGCCGCGACCACGCCUUCGCAAACCGUCGUCCAGCCGACCGCCGAAGAGCACAACUACUUUACCGCCCACUCGAACCGAUCUUCUACCUCCCAGUCGGGUCGUCGCUCGGCAUCCGACAUCGGUGCUUCCCCGCAGGACCAGACCACCGCCGUCAAGGCCAAGAGGUCCUCCGCAGGUCAGCUCCUCACCAAGACCUUCGGCUUCAACAAGCUUUCCAAACGUGAGAGUGCCUAG